CCAGGAAAUUAAAAUUUAAGGAGACGAAGAUGCAGCAGCUCAAUCAAGUGUUAAUGGACUUCAUGAAAAAGCUACAUUUUUUUCUUUUUCUUUUACAAUACACUGUGCUGUGCUGUGCUUUUGUGUUGUAGUGUUAUAUCGGGCCCACCGCCCAUGUGCCCUCCUCCUGUCUCCACCAGCUCCUGCCGCUCAAUCAUUAGUCCCUCUGUUCCCCUCCUCUCUCUGAGUCCGUAGCCAUAGCCAUUAGCGGAUACCUCCCUCCCUCCCUCUCUCUCUCUACUCUGUUUUUUAUUGUUUAUUUAUUUUUAAUUUUAAAAAAAUACAACUGUCCGUCUGUACUCCCAUCUCCCUUACUCUAGGUCCAGGGGGAAGACAAAAGACCCAUGUCUAAUUCCGACGGAGCCAAUAAUGGUGUUUCCAACGGCGCCAUUAUAGACCCCCAGAGGCAGCAACCGGGUCUCAAUGGUUCUCUCGUCGCCGUCAAGACCCCUUCCAAGGACCGUCACAGCAAGGUCGACGGCCGUGGCAGGCGUAUCCGCAUGCCCAUCAUCUGCGCCGCACGUGUCUUCCAACUCACUCGCGAGCUCGGCCACAAGUCCGAUGGCCAGACCAUCGAGUGGCUCCUCCGCCAAGCCGAGCCCUCCAUCAUAGCCGCCACUGGAACUGGCACCACCCCCGCAAGUUUCUCCACCCUCGCCGUCUCCGUGCGUGCCGGCGGAUGCGGCUCCAGUACCUCCCUCUCUUCGUCUUCAACCUCCACCUCCCUCUCCCACUCUCUCGACCACAAACCCUUGCUGGGCCCCACCCCCUUCAUCUUAGGAAAACGCGUCCGUGCCGAUGAAGAUGCCGACUUUAAGGAUGAGGGCCCCUGCGUCUCCGUGGCUAAUUCAAUGGGAUCCGUACUGGGACCAACCGCCACUGGUGGGUUCUGGGCGUUGCCGGCCAGAACCGACUUCUGGAGCUUCGCUGCUCCGCAGGCCGAGAUGGUGCAGGUACAGCAGCAGCAGCAACAACCAUCGCUGUUCGUCACACAUCAUCAUCAGCACCAACAGCCAAUGGGCGAGGCGUCCGCUGCCAGAGUGGGAAAUUAUCUUCCGGGGCAUCUGAAUUUGUUGGCGUCGUUGUCGAGGGGACCGGGGAGUUCGGGUCGGAGAGAGGACAACCCUCGCUGAUUAUUCAAGUCUCUUGUAUGGUGGUAGUGGUGACGGGUAUGGUGGUGUGCGUAAUUUGCUAUAAAAAUUGCAUGUGUAUGCUUAUUGCUGUCUCCCUAUUUUGUGAGGUGUCCGAGUAUCAGUGAAGAUCAUGAUUUUUAGUGAAUUUGUUAGGUUUAUAUUUGUUCUUCCUUUUGGUUUGAAUGGACGAAUUAGGGUUUGUGGAGGGUUCGGAAAGUUAUAUGUAUGGAUGAAUGGGGAGUCGAUUAGGGCAUUUACGACUUCGUUUGAUGAAGAUUAUAGGGUUUUAGGGUUCACAUUUGUUUAGGUUUGGACGGGGGUUUUUGGAGGAGAGAGCGGUAAGCGGUCAUGCAAAUCCACUCCAAUAAUAAUGAUAUAAUUUUGGGGCAUUUCACGGACAAAUUUAAGAUUGCUGUCCCUGGUUUUUUGUGCUCUGCUGCUUUUUGUUUACAACUCGACGACGACGACGACAUUCCCAACAUGGCCAUGAUGCUUGCAACUGGACUGGGGGCUUACAGAUUGGGUUAUUCACAAGUUUUUUAUAGGUUUGGUCGUGUACUCGUCGCGAGGAGAGAAUUAACACCUCUGUGGUUCUUGGCCGGAUCGAGGUUGAUUCUUGCGUUCUAGGUGCUCCAUGUUGAGUGUAAUGGUCUUGGAUAAUAUCUGGGUGCGUGUGUGAAAAAUAGAGAUGGAUGAUAUAUAAAGAAAGCUCUGAUUCCUCUCUUGUAUGACCGCUUCGUUUGAGAAUUUUUAUCAGUAUUUAAUUUUAGCCAUUUUUUAGAUUUUUCGCGAGUGAAAAAUAUCAUGUGUUCCUCUCUUCUAUUGUAUGCAAGUGGAUUGUUAUUCAGCAAAAAAAUAAAUAAAAUGUAAGUGCAUGGAUUGUU